UUUUAUUCGAUUUCCAUAUCACUCCACAAAAACAAAAACCCUAAUUUCCCUCUCUUUCUCCACUCUGCAAAUUUUUCCCUCGUAUUUUGAAUAAAUGGCGGCGGCGGGAGACGGCGGAACGGCGACUUCCUCAGCCUACGAAAGCGGCGGCGGCGGCGGCGGAGCAGGAGGAAAGUUCAAAAGACGGCCGUUCCGUAAGAACCAAUCUACACCGUACGAUCGCCCAUCAACGGCUCUACGGAACCCUAGUUGGCUUACAAAACUCGUUGUGGAUCCUGCUACGAAGCUUAUAACUUCUAGUGCUAAACGGUUCUUUUCUUCGAUUUUUCAAAAACGUCUUACCGCUGCUCCAACGCCAUUGCCACGUCAUCCAGAAGCAAGACAAGAACCAAAGGAUGUGCAGCAGGAGUCUUGUCCUAAUGAUCAUGCUGGAGCAGUAGUAGUCACUGGACAUGAAGUUUUCAACGCAGCAUGCAGCACCGAGGACAGUGCAUUCUCAGAGCUUGAGCAACUGUUAAAACAAAAGACAUUCAGCAGAGCUGAAAUUGACCGCUUGACAGAACUUUUGCGAUCCAAAACUGUAGAUACUCCUGCUGGGAAUGAUAAGAGCGUUGUUGCUACUCCAGUCACAAGUUGCAGAGUUCCUAAAGGGAGUGCUGCAUCUCCUGCUGAACUUGCAAAAGCUUACAUGGGCACUAGGCCAUCAAAGGUGUCGCCUUCAAUUCUGAGUUCGCAAAGUCAAGUUGUGAGAGUAGAUACGCCACUGCUAAAAAAUGUAGCAUAUUCCCAAAAUGUGCCUAUUACAUCAAUGACAACAAAGACUGCUGGUGUUGUUGGGGUUCGAGCAAAUGGAUUUACCACUCCAAGGUCUCGUGGAAGAUCUGCAAUAUACCACAUGGCUCGCACGCCGUACUCCAGACUUCGUCAAACUGAUGGUCAAAUGGCUAAUAGCUCCACAUAUAAUGCUCAUAGCGGACCUUCUUUAUCUGAGUCAGUCUUGGAGCAUAAUGGAUAUUUUGGCUCUAAACAGCCCCUCAAACGGAGAAGUUCUGUUCUAGAAGAUGAUAUCGGAUCUGUUGUCCCCAUGCGUAGGACUCGACAGAAACCGAAUCUCCUAUCUCAUGGAGUUUCAUGUCCUAGUCCUGGAGAUAAUGAUGUGCCUACAAGGUAUGUUCACGUCCCUCCCAAGCCUAGUGAGACAGCUGCAAAGAUAUUGGAGCAUCUUGAAAAUCCGACCCCAAAGGAGAAGUCAUCAGAAUCGAGACUAGCUGCAGGGAAAGAUAAAACACCCAAGAAAUUGACACCGAACAUGCUCCGUGGACAAGCUCUUAAAAGCUUGGAGUCUUUGGAUUCGCCCAAGUUGCUACAGAGUGCUCAAGACAGCCAUAAGUUGGAGAAUUGGUCUAAAGUUGUUCCAACCAAUGCCCAUGAUUCUAGUUUGCAGAAGCAAGGCAAAAUAGAGCAACAUCGGCAAAAUAAAUCCAUCAACGGGUCAAUUGUUGUAGUGAAGAAUAAUGAAAAAAAAUCAUUUGAAGAUGCUCAACAUGCUCAACCAGGUGUGGAAACUGCUGAUUCACUGGAUCAACAGUCUUCAGCUCAACCUCAGAAGAAGCACGCUUUUAGGAUGAGUGCACUUGAGGACUCUUUUGAGAUGGAUGAGGACAUAAACUCUGACAAGUCUGCAUCUCAAUUGGCUGAAGGGGGAGAUAAGAUGGGUAUAUCUGGUGCUGAAAAGAAGUCCCUGUCUACUGAUGACGCCCUGAACAAACCUGCUGCUCUUUUUGAAACGAAGGCCACCCUGGGGAUUUUGAACAAAAGAACUGAUAGGGAGUCUCCUGAUGCUGCUGUUGUCAGUGUCAACAGCACUAGUUUCCUGCCCAGUUCCGAUCCCCUGUCACCAGAGGUUGUCCCACCAUCAUUUGGAUCAAACAAAUCAAAGGAGUCAAGUGGUGACAAGGUCCCAGCACUUCUAUUUUCAUCGUCAGUCCCUCUCUCAGGGUCAAGGCCAGAAAGCUCAAGCAGCUUACCCAACCCUGCUUUUGGCCUGGCUGGUGCUCCAUCAGAACUCGUUGAGUCGGAUAACUCACAGAAGGAUGGGGAGAGCAAUGGGAAAUUAGAACCUUUAUCAUCUGGUUUAUCACCUUCAAUUUUAUUUGCUGCUCCAUCAAGCACUUCUAGCGUCAGUAAUGGACAGUUCGCACCUAGUCCUGCUAUCUCAUCCACCUCUCUCUUGGCUUCAAGUAAUUCUCCAAAGGAUGUUCAAUCUGGCAGUUCAGGUGAGGCUGCCCCUUCCACAAGCAUCUCAGCUGCUGUUGGCAGCACAACAGGCAACUCUAUUACCUCAGGUGGCGGUCUGUUUGGUUUCGCUGCAGCAUCUUCAGUAUCGACUGAACCUCUUGUCAAAUUUGGGACCUCUGAAGUUCCACCAGUAUCAACAGCUUCCAGUGCAGACAAUGCAGACCUGAAAACCAAAGCAACUAAUUUUGGCAACUUGAGCAGCAGUUCACCAUUUGUGGGCUCAUCAUUUGCAUCUACAAGUCCUGGAAAUAGUAUUUUUGGUUUUAGUUCAUCAGGAAUGUCAACAGUUACUACAGCUAGUGUCCAGUCUCAGAGUGCUGUUUUCAGCACUGGAGCUCAGUCACUUGUUAGUGCUCAAACGUCUCAUGCUGGAUCAGACAAUACCAGUGUCUCACAGAGCGGUCCUGCUCAUUUUGCAUCAUCUACUACAUCACCAGAAGUGGUAAACUCUGGAAUGACAUCUUUCUCCUCAGUUGGUUCUGCUUCAAGUAAUACAGGCAUAGUUUCUGCUGCUGCUUCAAAUAGCACCCCCGUUAGCUCCAGUGCUUCUGCUUUUGGAAAUUUUAGUUUUGGGGCAAGUUCUUCAGCCUCAUGUACGGUGGGCAGUUCAGUCGUCCCUAGUUGUGGGACAACUCAGCUGGCGUUUGCUUUUGGUGCUAGUCCUGCAGUUUCUGGAGACACAACUGCACUUGCCACUUCCAGUAAUGCUUCUUCUGCUGUAUUUAGUUUUGGUAUUAAUUCUUCAUCUUCCUCGACAAAUGUCGUUGACACCUUUACCCGUCCUAGUCCUAGCACAUUUAAUUUUGGUGGUAGUUCUGCAGCUUCCUCCUUGAACAAUGUCAGCACGUCUAAUAGUGCUGCUCCUGGAGUAUUUAGUUUCGGUGGUGGUUCUUCAGCUUCUUCAACAAAUACUAUCAGCACCUCCACUAGUGCUCCUCCUGGCAUAUUUAGUUUUGGUGGUAGUUCUUUGGCUUCCUCAACGAAUACUGUCAGCACUUCUACCAUUGCUCCCGCCAGCGUAUUUAGUUUUGGUGCUAGCUCUUCAGGUUCGUCAACGAAUACUGUCAGCACUUCUACCAUUGCUUCCGCCAGCGUAUUUAGUUUUGGUGCUAGCUCCUCAGGUUCGUCAACGAAUACUGUCAGCACCUCCACUAGUGCUACCCCCGGCAUAUUUAGUUUUGGUGCUAGCUCUUCAGCUUCGUCAACAAAUGCUGUCAAUGCCAGCAGCACAGCCAGUCCUAGUCCAUUUGCUUUUGGUGCCAGUUCUGCCUCUUCACAAACUCCCAGUACUGCUGGAAUUUUCGGUUCCAAUUUGCAGGCCCCAAAGUCUCCAGGCUUUAGUUCCCCAUUUAGUUCUGCUACCCCUACUGCAUUUGCAUUUGGAGCAUCUUCGUCUUCUUUUACUGCUCCAACCACUACAGCGGUGGUCUUUGGAUCAGCACCCAGUAGCACCCCUAGUGGACCAGCCUUUUCAUUUGGUUCAACUUUGACAAACUCGUCUUCGCAGCCCAUAUUUGGGAACUCUACUUCUCCUUUUACUGCGCCUCCUGGGAACAAUAACCAGAUGAACACAAUGGAAGACAGCAUGGCCGAGGACACAAUGCAUGCAUCUUCCCCUGCAGUUUCAUUUGGUCAACCUUCUGUCUCGCCCUCUCCUGGUGAUUUUGUAUUUGGUUCAACACCUAGUCCAUUCCAGUUUGGCGGCCAGCAGAGUCAGCCUGCUGCUCAGAACCCAUCUCCAUUUGCAGCAUCAGGCAGUUUAGGUGCUGGAGGAAGUUUCUCAUUGGGUAGCAGUGGUCCUGACAAAUCAGGUCGAAAGAUUGUCAAAGUUAGUAGAAAUAAGAACAGAAGGAAGUGAAGUUGGCAGCAAUUGGAUCCUCAUGGUAGAUAUUGAUUGGCAAGAGGAUUAAUUUUUCGAUGAUAGAUCAGCAGCCACAGCUUAUGGGUUUGUGCAAUUUUCCAUUUUUUAAUUUUGGGCAUUGUAUCUGCAUCUCCAGGAAGUGAAAGAUCUUGUAAUCAUAUUAGCUUUUUUUUUUUUUUUUGGCCCAGAUCUAUGGCAUAAAAUGUCACAAUUUUGGACAACAUUUCUUGGUAAAGUGGUCUAUUGUGUGGGUCCGUAUAGUGCCCUGGUUAGCCUUAUUUUUUUUUCUUUUUUUUUUCUUUCUGUAUUCGCAUUCUGCACUUUUACAUGUAACAUAAUAAGGAAAUGUAUGCUUCUGUAAGGAGAGUUCUUUCUAUUGA